CUCUUUUAUUGUCGUUGCCAUUUUUCUUCUCCUUCUUCUUCAUAAGUUCACUCUCUCACCAUGUUCCUCUAACAAUGCUCUUUCCACUUUACCCUACAUCAUCAUCAUCUUCGUCCUUGUUCUAUUCUCAUCUCAUUUACCACUUCAGUUUUAUUUAAAAGUCAAAUUUCAAACUCCUGAGAUCUAUUUAUUUCCCCAAUAAAACAGCUUGUGUUUCAACUCCUGUUGUGUCUGCAGCCUCUAGUACUUGUUCUUUCCUUUUCUGUCAGCUAUAGUUUCCUUAUUGGGAUUUUGUGCAACGACGACCUUUUACAUCGUGUGAUCGGAUUCUUGAAACAUAUCAAAAUGGGUAAAACCUCCGGGAACAGAGACUGGGCUCAGAUCUACGCUAUAUACGGUAUCGAGCAAUGGCAAACCCUCGUCUUCCUUCUCUUCCACGCCAUCUUCUUCUCCCUCCUCUCUGUUCUCUUCCUCAUCUACUUCGACCAGAUUUGCUUCUUCCUCGACUCCUUCUUCCUACCCGGCGCCGCAAGACUUGCCGCAGGCUUCACCGGCGCCGUCACCGCUCUCUCCGCCGUGUGUCUCCUCUUCGCCGCCGCUAAUUUUCUCUACUCCGACGUCCCGCUCCAGUACGAGAUGGCUCAACGCAUGGUUAGCUCCGUUGGAGACUGGUCUUGCGUCAAAACGGCUCUUGAUCUUGGUUGCGGACGUGGCAUACUUCUUAAUGCCGUCGCUACUCAGCUCAAGAAAACCGGUAGCUCCGGUCGGGUCGUCGGGUUAGACCGGUCUAAACGCACCACUCUAUCCACUCUCCGCACCGCCAAACUCGAAGGUGUGCAAGAAUAUGUGACUUGUCGGGAAGGAGAUGUGAGGACGUUACCGUUUGGGGAUAACUACUUCGACGUUGUUGUCUCGUCGGUGUUCGUGCACACGGUGGGGAAAGAGCACGGUCAAAAGACGGUGGAGGCAGCGGCGGAGAGGAUGAGAGUGCUAGGGGAGAUAGUGAGAGUAGUUAAACCCGGAGGUUUGUGCGUGGUUUGGGAUCUCUUACACGUGCCUGAGUACGUGCGGCGACUCCAGGAGCUGAAGAUGGAGGACAUCCGAGUCUCUGAGCGAGUCACGGCGUUUAUGGCUGCAAGCCACAUCGUGUCGUUCCGGAAACCAAGCGAACUUGUCGCCGGACCACGUGAAGUCCGGCUUGAUUGGAGAUGCUGACGUGGCUUUUUUAAAACGGCAGUGUCGGUUGGUUGAUAUUAAAAAACGGCACGUAGUACAAGUCCGGAGGUUUGAAAACGAUGGUUGUGAUAUAUUAUUCUUAGUUACGAAUAUUAAAACUUAGAAAAUUUAAUACUGGGGAGGCGAAGCGGAACCAGAUUAGCAGCUAAUGGCCGCGUUUUAAAAAAAAAUAUUUGUAUUUAUUUAUACAAAAAUCAAUAGUAUUAAUAUUAUGAUUAUCAGAUCUUAAUCAUGAUGCUGAAUCGACCAUGUUGACUAAUUAGUAGCAUACGAUUAAAAAUAAAUAAAAGAACGACCACGUUGAGUGAAUUUCAAGAUUGUCGUCUUGUAAAGACCGUUGGGCAUUAAAUGACAUGUCGUUUUACCUCGAUGUGAUAUAUGGUUCCCCACAUUUAUUAAUUUAAUUGUACCAAAUAAACUGGGCCACGUUUGGGCCAAUGCUUUUCCG